AAGCACCAAAAGAGGUGUUUUUAAAAUUUUAAUGUUAGUGUCCCGUUCCCUCUUAAGUCACCGAUGACGGCGUCUUAACCAACGCAUGCUCCUGAUCUGUCACUUGUCAAAAAGUGGGGUCAGGAAAAUUAGGUUAUGUUGUUGUUAUAAAUGUGUUUGUGGUAUUUUGCAAUAAGAAAUUUUGCAACAUAAUAAAUUACUACAUAUCAUAACAUGAAACAAUUCAGACUCCGGACGAAGUGUGGUGAAAUCAAUGCAUUUGUUUAAAAGGUACGUUCAAAAACGGAAUGGCUUUUAUUAACUGGAAUUUGGUAACCACGGCCGUGCCUACGUACUACACGUACAUUCUUCAACCGUCAAUUAUCGCCCCUGUUGCCAUUGGCGUACCAAAUCCACAGUUGCCAAUAUUGCAACUAAACGAAGGAGUGAAAGUGGUACCAGACAACGUUAAUCCGGUUGCAAACAGUGCGGUUGUUCCAGAACUACCAACAUUGCAACCAAAAACAAAGAAAACAAAACUAGAAGCUAAAAGAAAGUUGCCAAAAAUUGCCCCCAAAGUCACUCAAGACUGGUCGCUACCAAUUUCGCACACACCCGCACCCAUAAAAGAAGAACCUCAAGACGAAGAAAACGAAGACAACAAAAACUGGACAACUACAUUUAAAGAAGAAAUAAACACUUAUGAAGAUAAAACGCAGCCGCAAGAGUGGCCACAGAUCUCCAUAAAAGAAGAAAAAAUCGAAGACGACUUCGACUCAAUCCACGUGAAAGAAGAAAACGAAGAAAGCGACGACUCUGAAGCUAGCUCAAGCGACCCCCUCCCUCCGCAAAAGUCGUCCAGACGCGACAAAAUCUUCACUUGUGACCACUGCGCGUACACGACCACUUGGCGGGGGAAUUUGACCAAACACAUCGUCAGUCGACAUACAUCGUCUGACGAUAUCCAGUGGCUGCAAUGUGCGCACUGUCCCUACAAAGGCAAAACGAAAGACUACUUAAAGUGCCACCUCUUGCACGUCCACAACAUCUCGGUCAAGUGGUUCAACUGUCCCCACUGCUCCUUCAAGGCCAAACUCAAAGGCCACCUUGAUCGCCAUAUUAUCGUCAACCACACCGAGUCCGAAAAAAUCCAGUGGUUCUCGUGCGACCACUGCGACUACAAGGCCAAGUUCAAAAUCAACUUGAAGCAGCACGUUUUGAGCAAACACACAGCUUCCAAGGACAUCAAGUGGUACGAGUGUGAUUUCUGCGAGUUCAAGGCCAAGCGGAAGCGGAACUUGAAGUUCCACAAGUUGAAUAAGCACACGGAUCUUGAUAAGAUCCAGUUGUUCGAGUGCGAGUUUUGCCCGUACUUGUCGAAGAGGAGGCAGGCGUUGACGGGGCACAUCAACGCCGUCCACGGGGGGAAGAACGGGAGAGGAAAAUUGAAGACUAAGGAGAUUCCGGUGUUUAUUGAGAACAGGUUGUGCUGGAAGAGGGUGGUGGUUGAUAAUGCGGAAGAAGAUUGCUCGUUUAGGUGCUCCCAGUGUAUGUUCGUCACUGUGGAUAAGGAAGCGUUCCGGAAGCAUGUCCUGAGGGAGCACAUCAUCACGGAAUUGACCGAAGAGGAUAAUAAUAUUGUGAAGACUAAGUACACCACCAAAGAUGUUUUAGUUUUUGUUGAUAAUGUUCCUUGUGUGAAGAAGAUUAUAGAGCGGGUGCUCUAACAGAGUUAGGGAAUUUCGGCGCGUAAGGUUGCCAUUUUUUCUUUUGUAUUUAUUUAUUUUUUUGUAUUUGUGUAAAGAAGAUGUGUAAUAAAUGUAAAUAUAAGAGAAAA